GUCAGUGGUUCAUUUAAUAAUAAUCCAAACCAGCCUGAAGGAAACUUGUUCUUAAAGGAAGACAACCUUGAAAGUUCAGGUAAAUAUGGUAAAGAUCAGGCAGAAGGUCAGCUGGAAAGAGAAACGCCCAAAACAUCAGAGCGCCAAGAAUAUGAAAGACAGACUUUUUGCAACAAUGCAAAUUUUCCUGAGAAUGAGACACAAGAGGACAAUGCUGCGAACAACCAAGGACAACCAAGAGGUUGUGGGGAUGGUGAGGAGGAAAAACCUCAGUUACGCAAACACCAACAUCAGGCUGAAGAAUGUUCAGCUGUGCAAGAGAGUGAAAUUGAUGGUGAGAAACAGCAAAGCACUCAAAUCAAACCUCCAAUCAAGAGGUUAUGUAGUGAACAACAAGCCACCAAUGAGAGGCCAAGAAAACCUAAUAGGUCACUCAGUGAGAGGGGUCACAUACCGUCAAGACAAGAUAGUAAAUAUUCAACCCUCUGUGUGCUUCUUCAUUGUACCUCUUGA